AUGGACAACGGCUACACCGCCGUCGAGCUCCAGCCGCAACGCGCCGGCGACGGCGUGAUCCCCAAAUUCCGCCGUGUAUACGAAGAGGAAAACGACAAGGAUGAUCUUCCCCUCAUCGUUAACGGCAGCUCCGGCAGAUCCGAUGGCAACGAAGGGGGGAAGAGGGCGGCGGCGGAAAGGCCAGGGGGCUCUGGAGUCCCCGGUGCAGUCUUCAACCUGGCUACCUCCGUCAUCGGUGCCGGCAUCAUGGCCCUUCCGGCGGCCAUGAAGGUUCUUGGCCUCGCCCUGGGCUUCGUCUCCAUCGUCCUGAUGGGGCUCCUCUCCGAGAUCAGCAUCGAGUUCCUCGUCCGCUUCUCCGUCCUCUCCGGUGCCGCCUCCUACGGCGACGUUGUCCGCACCGCCCUCGGUCGCCCCGCCCGCGCCAUCGCCGAGGCCUGCGUCGUCGUCAACAACGCCGGCAUCCUCAUCGUCUACCUCAUCAUCAUCGGCGACGUCAUGUCGGGCUCUGCGAACCACAGCGGCGUGUUCUACCAGUGGUUCGGCAGGGGCAUCUGGGAGGACCGGAGGCUCGUCAUCUUGAUCGUCCUCGUCCUCUUCCUCUUGCCGCUCUGCGCGCUGGAGGGGAUCGACUCCCUGAGCCUCUCGUCGGCGGCCUCCAUUGCCCUCGCUGUCCUCUUCGUGGUCGUCUCCUGCGCGAUCGCCGUCAUCAGAUUCCUCCGGGGAACCACCGAGACCCCGCGAAUGGGGCCGGAUUUCAGCUCCAGUGCCGCCAUUCUUGACCUGCUCGUAGUCGUUCCCAUCAUGACCAACGCCUACGUCUGCCACUUCAACGUGCAGCCCAUCUACAACGAGCUCCGAGGGCCGUCGUCGGAGAAGAUGAACCGGGUGAGCAGAAUCACCACCUCGCUCUGCGUGGCGGUCUACGCCUGCACCGCCAUCUCCGGCUACCUCCUCUUCGGGGACGAAACCCAGCCCGACGUGCUGAUCAACUUCGACCAGGACCUGGACUUCCGCUUCAGCUCCGUCCUCAACGACCUCGUCAGGGUGGGCUACGUCCUCCACCUAGUUCUCGUCUUUCCCGUGAUCCACUUCUCCCUGCGGCAGACGGUGGGGAACCUCGUCUUCCGGGGGAAAUCGCCGCCGGGGAGGGCGAAGACGCUGGUCCUGACGGCGGUGCUGCUGUCGGCGAUCUACCUGGGCUCCACCAGGAUCCCCAACAUCUGGGUUGCCUUCAAGUUCACCGGCGCCACCACGGGGCUUUCCCUGGGAUUCAUCUUCCCCUCCCUCAUCGCCCUUAAGCUCAGUGACCCGGCGAAGAAGACAGUACGAAGAUCAGAGAAGAUCAUGGCCUGGCUGAUGCUCGUGCUGGCGGUGGCGGCCGGCAUAGUUGGAAUCGUGGGAAACGUCUUCAGCAUCAGUGACUGA